AUGACGGGACCUCCCGAUGCGAGAAGACGGGAUAAACGGUGUGAGUAUCAUAAAGACUACGGUCACGACACCGAUAAUUGUUAUGCAUUAAAGGAUCACCUGGAAGCAUUGGUGCAAGACGGCCGUCUUACACAACACGUCCGAAAGAAUAAUUCAGCAAAUACAAUAGCUCUAUGGCCGGAGUCACCUCAUCUUGGUGUAAUUCAUAGGAUAUACAGCUUGUCGGCGUCAUCUGAGGUGCAUACAAUUCAGUUGCAAUCUAGCCCCCAUAGCCCAAUGACGACGGCAAAACGACCCCAUGACAUUGGAAGGAUUAGUUUCGAUGAUAGUGACUUAGUUGGAGUAACUCAUCCCCACACCAAUCCCCUCGUCAUUGAGCUAGCAUAA